UAGCGCCAUUGUUAUGAUUGUAAACAACAGUCGGGUUGAGAACGGGAAUUAUUGAAAUCCCUUUGGUAUGAAUUUUUUUUUUUUUGCAGCCGUAGUUUUCUGAGAUGAACGAAUACAGGAAUAUUUUAACAGGAGAUGCAGCACGUGCGUGGAAGCGGCUGGCAGGACGGUUUUACUGGCUGAAUGACAGCGAGAUCGCCAAGCAUCUGAUUGAGGUCCAUGAUCAGUGGUGUGGGGACCAGUGUCCCUUAGUGAAAUCAUGUGACAGAGGGAGCUCGGGGUAUGAGAUGUCAUGUGUUAAACUAGAGGUACCCCCAUCAGCAAAAUCUGAAGCAGAAAAUGAAGAUAUCCCACUUCAGCUGGAAGUUGAUGAAGGGGCCGACUCUUUUGUUGAUAACUCGAGCAUGACGAAGUCUGUCGAUGGUGAAUGUGGCUUUGAAAGUGACCUUGACCCAGUUACCUACGUGUUCAAUGUAACGGACAUGGAGGGUGAUAUUAAAGUAGUUACAGAUGCCACAGAUAACACUCCUCAAAACACUGGAUCCACCUUAGCAAGGACCGACAACUUGAUCCCUGCAUCAGGCAACAAAUCAACAGAUUCAAGGGCAGGUAACCUCUCUCAAACACUGAUAUCUGUCAAACAAGAACCAACAGACAGUGGUGAAUAUGAAAAUUUCGUGGGACAAGAUAUGGAGACCGCAGAAUCUAAGACUGUUCAUCAUUCUCCCCCUCUUACAUCCUCACAUCCAGUCAGUACAAAUACUAUUUCCACAGCGGUCAGGGCUGCAUUAAGACAGAAGAUUUCAUCAACAGUUGACUCACUCCCACUGUCAACCAACAAAUGGACUAACUCAGGAGGAGAUACCCUUACACAAGCAAUACCAGUUGUCAUACAAGAACCAACAGACUGUGGUGAAUAUGAAAAUUCUGUGAUACAAAGUGUAGAAACAUCUCAUCAUCAUACACAGCUUACAUCAUCUGGUGCCACGUCUCAUCCAGUCAUGUCAGAUACCAAUAUAGGAGUUGUGAAACAAGAACCAACAGACUGUGGUGAACAUGAAAACUCUGUGAUACAAAGUGUAGAGCCCACACAGACAAAGACUAUUUCUCACCAUCAUUCACCACUUACAUCUGAUUUCCCAACAUCGCUGUCGGUCAUGUCAAAUAACAUUGUUACUUCAGUCAAACCUUCAGUGACUCAGGGAAUCCCAUCAACAAAGGCUAUCACCCUGAACCCUUUAGUGAUGGGACCACGGUCCUUGUUCCCAAUUAUACCAGGUGUUAAUGUGGCUCAAACACCAUGUCCAGCAGCACCGAACCCAGCAGUGGUUGGAUCCCAGAUUGUGUUACCAAUAGCACCACAUUUAAGUCAAACACUAGCACCAGGUAUAGCUCAAACACUAGCACCAGGUACAGCUCAAACACUCAACUUGGCAACAAGUGGAAAUGUAAUAUAUCCACAGCUUUUGAAUGUUGUAAGAAGAGGAAAUUCAUUAUAUGUGGCUGUUCCUGCAUCCACAGUAACUCCCGAUCUUCAAAAUCCUCCAUUUACAUUCGCUGCCUCCAGUCUACCCCCUACCAUUCCAAUGGCAGCUAACUUUUUAUCAAAUGUAGGUCAAGGUGGCUCAGUAGCUUUACAACCAAUGUUGGUACCUCUAUCAGGUGUAGAUCUGUUAUCAGGUGGGCAGCAGGUAUCAACUUCGUCAACAUCUCUAAGUGGAGCAGGUGGCGAGCAAACAGAUGGAGGUUGCAAACAAAUGGAUGAAAAGCUUACAUCAACUGGUGCCACGUCUCAUCCAGUCAUGUCAGAUUCCAUGACCGCAGCACUCGAGCCCGUACCGAAUCACGGAACCUCAUCAACAAACACACACCCUGGUUCACUCAGUCCUGUAGUGACGGGACGACAGAACACGGAGCUAGCAACACCGGACACUAACAUGGAUUCUACAGUAACUCUGGCGACUGUCGCAGACACGUUACCACCACCACGUGUAUUAAAUAUAGUUACCCGCAUUCCAGCAUCGACGGUAACAUGCAGUUCUCAUUCGAUGGGUUCUACUUGCCUGUCUAUUUCCAAGUCAACCCCCAACAUGGUAGCAGACAUGACACCAAACGUCAACCAGACUCCCAUGGUGGUGGUGAAGCCGAUGUUGGUCUCGCCGGCCCAGAGAGUUCGUUUACAGUCAGGCGGGCAGCAGUAUUUGAUUACGAAAAUUUCUCGCACGGGAGCAGGUGUGGAAGCGUGUAUGGGUAAAAAGAGAGUUGCAGAAGACUCAUUGUACACAAAACCUGUGAAAAGGAGACUGACACGGAAGAAGCAAGGGCCCAGUACCAGCAAAAAAUCUGCAAACAUAUCGGAAACAGAGACCCAAAGUUCGGAAGAGGACCAGUCAAAUCAAAAAGAGGACCAGUCAAUUGAGAAAGAGGACCAGUCAAAUAACCCAACAGAUGCCCAGUGGAAUGGUGAACAAAAAGAGACAGGGAGUAAAAAACGUGGUAGACCUUCAGUGUUGUCAGAAUCGGAACGUAAAAGGAGGCGCUCGGUGCUAAACAAGAGGCUGUCGAAACAGAGAAUUUACCUGGGAGCAGUCAAGGAAGAAUGGAAUCAGCUCCGUGAGGCUCUAAAUCUCGAGUCCAACCCUGAUCUUGCCGAAUUUCUUAUUAAUCAUCACCAACAAUGCCAGAAUGUUUUUGCCAGUACUUCACCUCCAGAGAAGCCUCAACCACAUGCAAAGUUGGAAAUGUCUUCAACAGACGAAAAAGAAAAUGGCAGAUCCAUUGUGAGAAUCAGUGAGGAUUUUGAGGAGGAGGAGGAGGAGGAGGAGGACUCAACACCAGACCUCAGUUUGAUUUUAGGUGAAAAGGACCACACAGACAUUGAGGAUGUAGCAGGAGGGAACCUGGUGUUUGGAGUGGGGGAAAUGUCACUUCCUGAGGACAAAGUGGGGGAAAUGUCACUUCCAGAGGACAGAGUGGGGGAAAUGUCACAUACAGAGGACAGAGUGGGGGAAAUGUCACUUCCAGAGAAAGAAGCAGCAGAAAACGUCAAAGUUCCAGGUAUCAUGCAGAUUCUGACAAUGGAGGAGUCAGAACUGGUACUGAGAUCAGAGAAAGUGAUAGUGUUUGAGGAGCAGCUGCUGAUGUUGGCUAAAUCCAAGAUUGAUGAUCAAUGUUUAGUGAAAGGGUGUCCAGAAGCUGUGAAAAUUUCAACAAGAUAUGUAGCAUCUGCAUUGUAUCUGGUUUGGUCUUGCUCAAACAAACACAUAAAACAUCGGUGGUGCUCCCAGCCACUGCUCAGUGGAGGCUCUCAGAGUGGGGACUUGAUGAUAACCGCUGCAAUUCUUUGCUCUGGGAAUGAUUUCUGCAAGGUGAAGAGGAUGGCAGAUUUAUUGCAUCUUCAUUUUCCAAGUCAGUCGUCAUUUACACAGCUUCAGCAGAAGUGUCUUGUUCCAGCCAUUGAGGAGACGUGGUUCGAACAUCAACGAAGUGAGAGGACGAAACUUAACGAUAAAGACGUCGUCCUGCUGGGGGGCGGAUGUCUGUGCAGCCCUGGGAAUGGUGAUCAAUAUUGUACAUAUGCAAUGAUGGAAAAUUACAGUAAAAAAAUAAUUGCUAUGGAAACACUUGACAAGAGAGACACUCGUAAAGUUGAUCUGGAAAAAGUGUGUUUUCAGAGAGCUCUGGAAGACAUUAGAAAUAGUUUUUAUGUAACAGAAGUGGUUACUGAUGUACAUCCGCAGGUUGAUGAGUUGAUGAAAAAGCAGUAUUCUCGCAUUAGACAUUCACAUGAUGUAUGGCAAGCAGCAAAGGAGUUGAGGGAAAAAAUUAUUGCGGCUGGUCAAGAUAAACGCUGCAAAGACCUUUUAAACUGGUGCAAGGAUAUAGUCGAACAUUUUUGGUACAGCUGUGAAGUUGCGAGUUCACAUGAAGAAUUUCUAGACAUCUGGGUAGGAAUGACCCACCACGUACUAAACAAACAUAAGUGGGUGUCGUCGUAUGCUAGUUUAGAACCAGGAUAUUGUUCCCAUGGUGAACUGGAUGAGGACAGAGACAAAAAAUGGCUGAAAAAGAGGACUUCUGCCUACACCGCCCUGAUUAAAAUUGUGAUGGACAAGCAGUUCUUAAAAAAUGUACACUACCUCCUUAAUUUUAGGAGUACAGCAAACCUUGAAAUCUUCAACAACCAUGUUUGGAUGCAUGCAUCAGAAAGGCUGACAUAUACUCCUGAUGUGUACAGAGCAAGAAACAUCUUAGCUGCACUAGAUUACAACAGCAGUGUAGAUCUGCCCUCAGUAACAAAUGAAGACGACAGUUCUAGAUAUCAAAGAACAUUUUCGAAGAAGUCCGGGAGAUGGAUUAUUGCUGAAAGAAAAGAGAAGAAGACAUACCAUCAUAUCGAAGACAUUUUUGAGAAAAGUUUAAGGAUUCAAUUUGAAGUGUGAGUGAGGACUGCAUCAUCCAGUAGGACUGUCUGACAAAGAUCCCAGGAAAGGAUGCAUCAUCCAAGAAGACUGUCUGACAAAGAUCCCAGGAAAAGAUGCAUCAUCCAGUAGGACUGUUUGACCGAGAUCCCAGGAAGAGAUGCAUCAUCCAAGAAGACUGUCUGACAGAGAUCAUAGGAAAUGAUACAUUAUCCGGUAGAAUUGUCUGACAAAGAUCCCAGGAAAGGAUACAUCAUCCAGCAGAACUGUCUGAUAGGGAUCCCUGUAAAGGAUAUUCAUCACACAGGAAUGUCCUAGGAAUAAAAUAUCCCAGGGAGGCCUGCAUCAUCCAGCAGAUUGUAUGACAAAGAUCCCAGGAAAAGAGGCAUCAUCCAGCAGGACUGUCUGACAAAGAUCCCAGGAAAAGAGGCAUCGUCCAACAGGACUGUCUGACAAAGAUCCCAGGAAAAGAGACAUCGUCCAGCAGGACUGUCUGACAAAGACUCUAGGAAGAGCUGCAUCAUUCAGUAGAACUGUAUCACAUAUUUGGUGAAUUGUUGCCCCCUCCUUCCAGAGACCUUACCAUUAGCUGAGAGGUUGUGACACAGAGUAUGAUUGUUACAGUACGAGCAUAUUCUUUUGUCAGUAUACUAAUAUAUCUCCUAACUUGGUGCAUAGAUAAUGUUAGAAAAAAAGAGGUAAAAUUAGAAGGAGCAAUUGAGAGUUGCUAGAAUUUUCAUGGCGUUCAGGCAGAAGGCAUAUUCUGCAUUUCAAGGCAAGAGAUUUUGUGCAAUGUCAGAGAUGUUAUUUAAUAAUUGUAGGAAUUUACUUUGAACUUUUGUUUGAUUUUUGCAUGUCCAUCAUACACAGGUCAGAAUAUGCUCGUUUCUGCACAUUUGGCCAGUCCAUUAUAAACUGUAUACAUGUAUUAAAAAGUGCAGUAGUAACUCAAAAAAAUAUUAACACCCCAUUAAACCAUUCUUUGGACAAAAAAUGGCUUUGGCGAUGCUUUUAUCAGUACUUUUUAUGAACCUGUUUUCAGACAGGACGUAUUAUGUUAUUGCACUGUUCGUGCGUCUGGCUGGCUGUCUGUCUGAGUUAAUGUUUCCUGGACUUCUUUCUGUAAGGGACGCAUAUACGACAUUGGAAUUUGGUCACAAUUUUUCCCUCAAGAAGCGUCAAAGGGAGAUUGCAUUUCAGCUGAAUCGGUCUGUCCUUGACCUACCUUAAGGGUUUAAGUAGGUAAAACAGUUUUCUGGAUUUUUUUCGUUACAGAUAUUGCCCAGAAAUUUACACAUAAGCUUCUUCUCGGAGGAAUACAAGUUCAGUUUGCAUUUCAGCUGGAUUUAAUCAUUAUGUAGGUCACGGACAGUCCGUGACCUACAUAAUGAUUAAAAGUAGGUCAAACAGUUUUCUAGGCUUUUUUUGCAUUAUGGAUACAGAUAUUGCCCUGUUACAUAAUUGUAUUUAGUCACAGGCUUCCUCGUAGAGGAAAACAAAUUCAGUAUACAUUUCAGCUGGAUUGGUCUGUCCUUGACCUACUUUUGGGCAAAAAAUAGGACAACAGUUUUCCGGGUUUUCUUCCAUUACAGAUUCAGAUAUUGCCUUGACAUUUAGUCAAAAGUUUCCUCUUUGAGGAAUACAAAUUCAGUUUGCACUUCAGCUGGAUUGGUCCAUCCUUGACCUACUUUUGGGCUAUAAAUAGGUCAAACAGUUUCCCCCUUUUUCAUUACGGAUACAGAUAUUGCCCUGAUAUUUUCUCAAAGGCUUUCUCUCGGAGGAAUACAAGUGCAGUUAGUAUUUCAGCUGGAUUGGUGCAUUAUAACCUAUUUUGGGGUAGACGUUGGUCAAACAGUUUUCCAGAUUUUUUUUUCGGUAUGGUCACACGUAUUGCUCUGAAAUUUUGUCAUAACUUCCCUCUCAGAUAAAUACAUAAUCAGUUCACAUUUCAACGUAAUUGAUGCACCAUGGCUUACUUUAGGGCACUUAAUUCAGAGUGCAUAUUGUGCUUCCAGGUUGAAUCUCGCUGUCCGACGGGCGUAUAUUGUAUCGUUUUGCGGUACUCUUGUUCUUUUGGAAAAUUAUUAAUAAAAAUGUUAGAUCUAAA